GUAGGAGGAGGAGUCACGAGCUUUGUACUGCUGCUGUCUGUGUGUUGUUUUUGCUUAGACCAGAGUUAUUAAUGGUUAUUUCAAAAUAACGAAAGUGGCUUUUAAAAAAUAGGAGCGGCUGUUACACGUCUCACCAAAAUGAAGCUCAACAUCGAGGGUCUGUUGGUGUACUUUCCAUAUGACUACAUCUAUCCUGAGCAGUACUCUUACAUGCUGGAGCUGAAGAGGACCCUGGAUGCCAAGGGUCAUGGAGUCCUGGAGAUGCCCUCAGGAACAGGGAAGACCAUCUCUCUGUUGUCUCUCAUUGUUGCCUACCAAAGGGCCUUUCCUUUGGAGGUGACAAAGUUAAUAUACUGCUCCAGAACAGUUCCAGAGAUCGAGAAGGUUGUGGAGGAGCUGAGGAAACUGAUGGAGUUUUAUUCCAAAGAAACUGGAGAAACCAACAACUUCUUGGCUCUGGCUCUUUCCUCCAGGAAAAACCUCUGCAUCCACCCUGAGGUGAGCUCCCUUCGCUUUGGAAAGGAGGUUGAUGGGAAGUGCCACAGUCUGACAGCGUCCUACAUUCGUGCACAACGCCACAGCAACCCCAACCUGCCCGUCUGUCGUUUCUACGAGGAGUUUGAUGCAGUCGGUCGACAGGUGCCUCUUCCUGCUGGCAUCUAUAACCUUGAUGACCUAAAGGACUUUGGCAGGAGGAAAGGCUGGUGUCCUUACUAUCUGGCACGCUACUCUAUCCUCCAUGCCAACAUCGUGGUGUACAGCUACCACUACCUGCUUGACCCCAAGAUAGCUGACCUGGUGUCCAAAGAGCUGGCCAAGAAAUCUGUAGUGGUGUUUGAUGAGGCUCAUAAUAUAGACAACGUAUGUAUCGACUCCAUGAGUGUGAACAUCACCAGGCGAACGCUGGACCGCUGCCAGAACAAUGUGGACACACUCCAGAACAACAUACACAAGAUAAAAGAGACGGAUGCCGCUAAGCUGAAGGAGGAGUACAGGCGACUUGUUGAGGGGCUGAAGGAAGCCAACGUUGCCAGGGAAACAGACGUCUACCUCUCAAAUCCAGUGUUACCAGAUGAAAUUCUUCGAGAGGCUGUUCCUGGUACUAUUCGCACAGCCGAGCACUUUGUUGGUUUCUUGAGGCGUUUCCUGGAGUAUUUGAAGUCUCGUCUGAGGGUCCAACAUGUCGUACAGGAGAGCGCGCCACAGUUCCUCAAAGACAUCUUCGACAAAGUCUGCAUCGACCGCAAGCCUCUCAGGUUUUGUGCAGAGCGGUUGCAGUCAUUACUACGAACUCUGGAGAUUGCCGACAUCGCCGACUUCUCAGCUGUUACUCUCAUCUCCAACUUCGCCACCCUGGUCAGCACGUACAGCCAAGGUUUCACCAUAAUCAUUGAGCCCUUUGAAGACAGAACACCAACCAUCGCCAACCCCGUGCUGCACUUCAGUUGCAUGGACCCGUCUAUCGCCAUCAAACCUGUUUUUCAAAGAUUUCAGUCGGUCAUCAUCACCUCAGGGACUCUCUCUCCAUUGGACAUCUAUCCCCGAAUCCUGGACUUCCGCCCUGUUACCAUGGCAUCCUUCACCAUGACGCUGUCACGUACCUGCCUCUGUCCUUUGAUUGUUGGGAGGGGAAACGACCAGGUGGCCCUGAGCUCAAAGUUUGAGACCAGAGAGGACUUUGCUGUGAUUCGUAACUAUGGCAACCUACUUAUGGAGAUGUCUGCCAUUGUUCCUGAUGGCAUUGUGGCAUUUUUCACCAGCUAUGUCUACAUGGAGAACAUAGUGGCGUCUUGGUAUGAACAGGGUAUCCUGGAGAAUAUCCAGAGAAACAAGCUGAUCUUCAUUGAGACUCCAGAUGCUGCAGAGACGAGCAUGGCCCUGGAGAAGUACCAGGAGGCGUGUGAGAACGGCAGAGGAGCCAUCCUCCUGUCUGUGGCCAGAGGAAAGGUGUCUGAAGGAAUAGAUUUCGUGCAUCAUUUUGGCCGGGCAGUCAUCAUGUUUGGAGUCCCUUAUGUUUACACACAGAGCCGCAUCCUGAAGGCUCGUCUGGAGUACCUUCGGGAUCAGUUUCAGAUCAGAGAGAACGACUUCCUAACGUUUGAUGCCAUGCGUCACGCAGCUCAGUGUGUGGGCCGAGCCAUCAGAGGCAAGACUGACUACGGACUCAUGAUUUUUGCUGACAAGCGUUACGCCCGAGCAGACAAACGCGGGAAGCUUCCUCGCUGGAUUCAGGAGCACAUUAACGACGGCAGUCUGAACCUCACCGUGGACGAGGCGGUCCACCUCUCCAAGCACUUCCUGCGGCAGAUGGCUCAGCCUUUCAGACAGGAGGACCAGCUGGGUCUGUCUCUGUUGACUCUCGAGCAGCUGCAGUCGGAGGAGAUGCUGCAGAAAAUCACUCGGAUAGCUCAGCAGACUUGAAGGUGACUUGCACUCCAUGAUGUCAUGUCCAUGAUGAGAGCCAGAUGUGGAGCGUUUACCACAUCAGGACGGUUCAAAUAUACUAAAAUAAGUUACAACAGAAGUAAAACUUAAAAUUAGACUUACUAUACUGCUCUUUCCUUCUAUGUGGCAUCUCCAUCUGCUGGUAAACAACCAUGAAAAGUAUUUAAAAUACAGGUUGACCCAACUCUAGUGGUUACAGUAAUAUUUUCCGAGGGGGCAACUGCUGUGUAAGGUUACACAAAAUAAGCCACUCAGCAUUCAGUAUUUCACACAUUGAGUUUACAGAGCAUUAGCACCACAGCUCUCAGCCACACGCCCUCUGUAGUGCUGUGUUUGCCCAUGUUAUAAAGAGGACGUCACAUCAGAUUCAAAAACACCUAAUUGUGGCUUCUCAUUGAAAUACUCAAAUUGUAAACUGCUGCCUAAAGCCAUUUAGUGUUACAUUCAGUUCUGCUCAAACCAUCUUCAUUUUAAUCUGCUGUAGUCAAAAGUCAGCAGCCUGUUUUCAGUUUAGGUUGCCCCUUUAUCUCGCUCGGUAAACACAGCAUUACAUGUGGGAGAAAGGUGCUGCAGUUUCAUGGAGGUGGGCCUAAUAUUUUUUAUAUGCAGUAUAUGUUUUCAGUAUUCCUGUGAAUCAUUCCCGUUACGAUGCAAAAAGUUUUACUUCACAUUAAACUGCUAGUAUGGAUGGGCUGUUUUCAGAGCUACUGCAGGUUGUGUGAAAAAACACUCAUUACAUUUUAAAUAAAGAAAAACAAACACAUUGUGCUGUUUUUAAAAAUGUAAAAAAAAAAUAUUUCAAACAAACAAACAAAAUGUGCAGAUGUGUUGAAGUUAAUCAGUCAUCAUCAGUGGAUCAACACAUUGCAUUAACAGUAAUGUUAUUCCAUCUGUGGGUGUAACAUCAAUCCAUAUGGUGUCUGUCAUACAGACUGCUGUUUGUUUACUUUACUACUGCAACUGUACAUAGUCACAUUUUAUAGUGAAUGUGAAUAUUUGUAUCUGCUUUUCAACCAAGAGUAAAUAAACAUGUUUGUAUUUAAGAAAUGACUUUCUUCUUAGGAAAGUGUUAGUAGCAGCUCCCU